AUGGCUUCGGUUGAGCCUAUGCAAAACAAGACGUGGGAUUUAUCCCUCUACGAGUUGCACCGCACACCGCAGGAAGCCAUUACGGACAAUACGGAAAUAGCCGUGUCGCCCCGUAGCCUGCAUAGCGAGUUGAUGUGCCCGAUUUGCCUGGACAUGCUGAAGAAAACGAUGACCACAAAAGAGUGCCUACACCGAUUUUGCUCGGACUGCAUUAUUACGGCACUGCGAUCGGGAAACAAGGAGUGUCCGACGUGCCGCAAAAAGCUAGUAUCAAAACGCUCUCUACGGCCAGACCCCAACUUCGAUCUGCUCAUAUCAAAAAUUUACCCCAGCCGAGACGAGUACGAGGCACAUCAGGAACGAGUGUUGGCCAAGUUCAACCAAAGCCAUUCGCAACAGGCGUUGGUGCAUUCGAUCAACGAAGGAAUAAAACUGCAAUCGCAAAAUCGACCAAACAGAAAGCAGAAGGGAGAAAACGAAGGGCCUCCCUCGAACGCUGGCGCAUCUUCCAUUUCGAAUGCCUCGUCUGCGGUGCCAUCUGCAAACGUCACCAAUGGAAACAGUGAGCCGGCCAAAGAUAACCAGUCCAAUGCGGGCGGAACAACAAGUAGCGGCAGCUCUGCUGGGUCAGUUAACAAUGCGACAGGUGGAUCUGGUGGUGGUGGUGCUGCUGCUGCUGGUAACGCUACCGGUGGCGGUGGAGCCAUGAGCGGAGGAUCAUCGGUCAGCGGGGAACAGAUGCGUCAAUCCUCGAAUCCUCCAUCGGUUCGCAGUACUCCGUCACCCGUGCCGUCGAAUAUCAGUUCGGCGAGCAAAGCUAAGCGAGCCCGUUCAGUGCUUACCUCCGAACGGUCGGAAGAAUCGGAAAGCAACAGUGAAAUGGACAUGCGGACGGAGGAGAACGAUUCCAACUUAGACACGGAGGGGGAAGGAAACUCGGAGCAUGGUAGUGAUGAAAUUGAACUGGUAUUUAAGCCGCAUCCCACGGAAAUGGCCGGCGAUAAUCCGCUGCUGAAGGCGCUAAAGGAAAAUUCGAUUCGCUACAUAAAAACGACGUCGAACGCUACAAUUGAUCAUCUAAGCAAAUAUCUGGCCAUGCGCUUGACUUUGGAUCUAGAUCCCGCACUUCCCGAAUCGUACCGAUUGCUGAAUUUCUGUAUUUACAUAGCCCAACAACCCAGCCAGCUGGUCGUGCUUAGCGGCAAUCAAACGCUGCAGCAAGUGAACGAGAAAUUCUGGAAGGUCAACAAGCCACUGGAGAUGUAUUACUCCUGGAAGAAGUCCUAGGACACAGCCCGGAAGUAGCACAAGAAAUUAAUUCAAAGCCACUUAACUUCUAACUAGUGAAUAAGCAGAACGUCUAUGAUUCGAAU